AUGUCACCAUGCGCAUAUGAGUAUUUUCGUUCUAGUGUAACAGUUAGUACGAAUUUACAUUAACAAUAGUUUAAAAACAUUCUACAGGCGAGUUUUCUUAUUUUUUGGUGAUUCAUUAGUUUAUAUAUUGCAAGAAUUUUUUAAGACGAUAUGCAAGUAAGUAAAUUUACAAAUAAACAUAAUUCUUUCCUCUUGCAUUGCUACUGUCAAUAUCUGGUAUUCAAUAUAUUUUGUUUAUACAAAUGACGUUAUAAUAUGCUAACGUUAAUAAUUUUAAUAUAAUUUUAAAUUUAUAUUCAAAUAUAGUAAAAAAUCGAGUUCUUUGCCUUUUUAAUAGAAAAGUAUAAACAAUAAUUUCUUAUCUUAUUUUGAUUUGAUUAUUAUUUUUGAUUUUUUCUUAAAUUAUUACGCAUGAAUUCUUCAGUCUACAUAUGAUAUACAAUUUAUAAACAUUGUUACAUAUCUACAUUCUAACCUCUAAUUUUAUUCUCUUAUUCUCUUUUCAAUAAAAUUAAUUUCUUUUAAUGUAAUACUUUAUUUAUGUAAUAUUUAUUCUUUAUUUUAAUAUCCAUUUUUAUUCAUAUCUAUUACGGUCAUGUUAUUUAGAUACAAUAAAGAAUGAGCUGGUUUGAUGCCACUGGAUUUGCCAAUUUGGCCAAAUCUGCUUUAAAAGAAGCUCAAAAGACAAUCGAUAAGGCACUUGAUAUUAAAGAUGAGGAUCAAAAACCAGUGGGAAGCCAUACAGAGGAUACAUCAGACUUUUUUGCAUCAUGGGGGAUAAAGAGUGAUGUUCAUCAAAAUGUACAACCACACCGUGAUAAGCCUAAAACAUCCAAACAAGAAGCCACAAGCAGUAUAUGGGGUAGUUUUACUGGGUCAUUCUUUGAAUCACCUAAAUUUAAUGAACCAGGACAAAGUAUUAAACCAAUUGCGCAGUCAAAGUCCUUACAAAGCACACCUACUGAAAGUAACAAAAAGCUUGUAUCUUCAUCAUCAUUCUCAGAAGAUUACAAAAGUAAAUCUUUAAGUCCUAAGAAAAAAUCUAGGCAAGUAGAAAAUUACAAAGAAAAAGAAAUUCAUGAUCAGGUUCAAAAUGUUUCUUGUGAAGAUAUUUCUAAUACAUCUGAUGAUGUAAAGCAACUUCCUUCAUCUGAAACAACUGAUACAAGUAUAACUCUUGACAAAGAUGAUAACAUUAAUAAUUGUCCUAAAAUAAUUGAAUAUUCUUCAGAGGAAAAGAAAGAUAUUGAUAUUAAAGAGGAAGAAGAAAAGUCAGAAUUUGAAAAAAAAGAACCUUGUGAGCAUGAUUUAGAUUCACCUGUUUCUACAUCAAACAGAUUAUCUUUUGUAUCUCCAGAAAAUGACAAAAAAAGUUCAGAGAGCAUUGAAAUUCUGGGUUCCCGAUCUAACACUGAUUGUACUACGACUCCAGAAUUGGAUGGCAGUCCGUCUACUAAGGGUACUAAAGUUAAUUCUGAGUCGAUAGAAGUAUUACCAGACAGUAUGGUUACAUCUCCAAGCUCUGGAGUGGAAGUAUUAGAAGAUUGGAAAAGUGAUACCAGUCCUUAUUUAUCUCCUAUGGAGCAAAGACACUCUGAUUCAUCAUCUAUCUUAGAUAGAGACGAUACAGUGACCCCUUGCUGGGAUGAUAUUAAUGUCCCCCACAUUAUGAAUAAAGAAAAUGAAAUAAAUCCAUCAUUUUCUGAUAUUUCUUCAUACGAACCUCCAAUGGAUGAAAUCAAGACAUCACAUGAAAAUUUAUGUAUGAGCAGUAUGGAUAGUACACCAUCUACUGGUACAUAUCAAGGUAUGGGAUCGCAUUUAUAUAAAAGCGCAUCCAGUACCCAUUCAACGAAAGUUUCCCCAGAAAGCAUAGAAGUAUUACCUUACACUGAUGAUGAGAAAGAUGAAGCGAAUUUGGCAGAAGAUUCUUACACUUCUGCAUCAGAAAGUACAAUUGUAACGAUGUUAGAAACAUUUCAGCAGAAAGAACAAGCACAUAAUAAAACAGAAAAUCUUAGUACAAGCGAAAAAAUGCAAGAUUCAUGUUCAGAUGACAAGCUAACGUCGAAAAAAGCUAGCACAGAUACAAGGCUAAAUUUGAGUCUAGAUUCCUCAAGCGAAAAGCAUAAUUUACAUCUGCCAAUUGAAGCAAUUACAACGCAACCGAUUCGUAAGCCUGAAUAUUUUGAUGGAGCAGAUCAAAAAACUAAACCUGACAGAAAAAGUUACGAUCGAUUAUUAAAUUCCACAAUAGAGCCGACAGAAACGGAACGUUAUUCUGCCAGUGAAAUUAUCCAUCCGUUUAAAUCAGAAAUGCUCGAAGUUUCAGAUCAACAUUUAAUUUCAACAGAUUCAAGUUGUGAAGGAACAUUGAUAGAGAGUUCAGAAGAAAAUCCACAGUAUAAAUCGGAAGAAAGAAUUUUACAAGCUCCCUUGAAUUCUAGUUCCUAUGUAAAAACAAUGUUAGAAGAUGCAAUGAUCGAAAAAGGUGGUGAAAUCAUCGAAGCAGAAGUACAAGGUGUGGAAAUACCUCGAGAAAAUUCACCUAUUUCGUCAGAAAGUCGGUCCGAUCUGAUUAAAAUUGGUUCCGAUCAAACCAGUGGUCACACUAGUGGGGAUGAAUUAGAAACCACCACUUCUAGCGAUAUCGAAGUUAUAUCCAGUCCAAAUGGUGAUUCGAGUUCUACACAAUCGCGACAAAAAUUGCAAUCAACAAAGGGCUGUGAUCUCUUAAUGAAAACAUUAAAAACUAAAGGACAUUCAAGGGAGUUGAGUGAAAUCAGCGUAGGAUCUGAUGAAAUGAAUGUUGAAAUAGAAAAGUUAUUGAAACGUAUACAAGAGAUGACAGAAAUAUUAGAAGCCAGAGAAUCGAAGCUCAUUGAUGUUAGUAGAAUGAAUAUGGAAUUACACGAACAAAAUAACAACUUGAAGAAGCAACUUGAUAAUUUUGAGAAACACGCAGAACAAAGCCAAAGCUUGAAUCAGAUCACUGAUGAAUAUACACAACGACUAUCUGCCUUAGAAAGAAAAUUUCAGCAAGCGAUACGUGAACGAGAUUCAUUAAGAAAGAAUUUGGAACAGUUAAAAGGAGCAAAUAGAAGAACAAACUUCAGAAUUAGAACGUUUAAAAAGAUCAUUACGUGCAAAAGAAGAAGUUGAAUUAUCUCAGAUAGAUGCUGUUUAUUCGUUAACAGCACGAACAAAAACACUAGAAAAAGAAGUAACAACGUUACAAAAACAAUUAGAAAAUGCGAUGCAAAAUACCGAAACUUAUAAAAAAAAUUUGGAAACAACAAAAAUGGAGUUAUCUGAAACAAAGAAAAUUUUGACUGCAACAGAAGCAGAAUUGAAAGAAGCAACAACUAACGCUGGAGAAUCAUGUCAAUUACUUGUGCAAGUAGAGGAAUUAAAAAUCAAAUUAAGAGAAUCUGAGGAAAUGCAUGUGAAAAAGGAAGAAUUUUUAAAGCACGAAAAUAGUGAAUUACUAAAACGUUUAGAAGCCGCUGAAGCUAGAAGCGAAGAACUUUCAGAAUCUGUAUCAACGGCUACAAAACCUUUACUGCGACAACUGGAACAAAUUCAGGCAAAUUUAUUACACAAAACUAAUAGUUUCAUGAAACAAGAAAAGACAUUAUCAGACAAGAAUAUCGAAUUACAAACAAAAAUAGAAAAUUUACUUGAGACGGAUCGUUAUCUUAAGGAAGAGAAUAUUAAUUUAAAAUCUAAAAUAUCUCAAUUAGAAGCUAAGCUUAUUGCCAAAGAGAAUGAAAGAACGCGGUUACAAGAAUUGUACGAUGAAUUGGUAAUACAAAAGGAAAAGCUCACUGAACAAAAUGUGAGGCAACGACAAACGAUAGAAACACUUGACCAAUCUCAUACUUCAGAAAUAAUGGAGUUAAAAAGAGAAAUUAUUGCGUUAGAAAAUAAAUUAUCUGUAGAAAAAGCAGCCACGGAUGCAGAAAGGAGAAAAAAUCAUGCAAUGUCAGAACAGCAAAAUAUUGAAGACAACGAACGGCUUAGUCCUACCCCUAGCACAGAACAAGAAGAUUCCGUGAACACAGAAAUAGACAAUAUUUGGACGUUAUGUAAUCCCAUUACCGAAAACAAAUCUGAAAGCUAUACAGUAGCAUUUGAUACUAUCAGAGCAGGAUCUAGCAGUACUUCUAUAUUUGAGAAUUUACAAGCUCAAUUGAAGCAAAAAGAUGGUGAAAUACAACAACUUCAGUGGGAAUUAUCGAGGCGUAACAUAGAAAGAGAUGUGCUGAAUUCAGAAUUAUCAACAUUAACUUUAAAGAUCGAAGAAUUAAAUGUUAAGGUUAUGAACGUUGCAGUUUUAAACGAAAGCUUACAAGAAAUACAAACUAGAUAUGACGCGUUGUUACAAAUGUACGGUGAAAAAAUGGAAGAGAAUCAGGAACUGCGUUUGGAUCUUCAAGAUGUCAAAGAAAUGUACAAAACACAAAUUGAUCAGCUUUUAAAGCGAGAUACUUGAAACUUUUUGUAGAUAAAAUUUCUUUAUUGAUUGAGCCAAUAUAAUAGAUGUAAAACCAUAAAAGAGUUAAUUUAUGACAAUUUAGAUUCGGUGAUAAUUUUGGCCAACGGUACUAUAUCAUGUUAUCGCAACGAAGUUGCUGAUGUCAUUUAAAAAAAGAUAAUGUAUAGAAAGAGACUGAUGUGAAAUUACAUCUUAAUAUAACUUAGUGAUUUAAAAUUUCAAAUUUAACGAAAUAAUAAUAUGAAAUUUCAUUUAUACAUGUUCUACAGGGAAUGCUUAUGUGAAAAUCGAAAUUUUUGCUUUGAUAAAUUUUACAGAUGAUUCAUGCCCUACAUUUUCGAUAAAUAGUAGUCGCGUUAACAUUUGAAUAUAAAUUCCAAUAUAAGCAAUGUAAAAUCUGGGCAGUUCUUUAAUUAGUCGUAGGAAUUAAUCAUGUACACUGUAUACAAAUAGAGUAAGAAAAAUAACGUGAUAUAUAAUGUAAUAUAACUUUAACAUUUUCGAUAUUGUACUAUAGAAUUCAAAUUAUGAUAUAAUUUAUUAAAAAAAGAUUUAUUGUUCCUUUAUUGAAAGUUGUAUUUUUUAUGGUUUCACUCUCUUUGAUGCAACAGCGAUUUACAAUUUCGACAGAAUUAGGAGAAAAAGUGGUAAGAACUUGAAACAAAAAAAUAAUGUACAUUUUAAGAUAUUUAUGAAAACUGAGAUAAAAUAAAGAGAAAAGUAUCAUAAAAAAUUAGAAAGAAUACCUUGGAAAAAGUCUUAGACAUGAUUUAUUCUAUCAGGAAAGAUAGAAUAGGAAAAAUCAUAAUGUAAUUUCUAAAUAGGAGUCUGAAGUAAAUGAAUAAUAGACAUGAUUGUUUCUCAAAAGUGUAAUUAAACCGAAGGGAAUACAUCUUUUUCAUAAUUUUUAUAUAUAUCGUAAACUUUAUUAGUUACAAACUACGACCUUCCCUUCCUCCCCCUUUCCCUCUCAAAAGAAAAAAAAAAAAGAGAAAA